AUGGCUACAAAUUCUAUAGUUUUGAUAUACACCUCAACUAAAGUUAUUUCUGAAAGUGAUAUUGAUAUGCAGAUAACCUUGGGAAAUAUUGAAAAAGUUAUGCAGUCUAUUGCACUUUUUUCAAGGUCUGUACAUGUAUUAACAUUUCUUGGAGGUUCAAAAGAAUUAAUUAAAUAUACUCUAGACAAUUUUGAAUCCCAGCUAAUCCUACUUCAAGAAAUUCAUACAAAUAUAACUGAAAAUUUAUUGGGAGUCCAUAAAUGUCUAGGUGAAAAUGCUUUUGUGCAUGAAGCAGUGCGUAUUUAUAAUGAUGAUGGCAGUAUCAGUAAGACAAAGACAAAUUUAAUAGAUGCUGUCUUAUAUACUAUUAGUAAGGUAGUAUUUAUAUAGGGUUAUGAUUUUAUAAGGAAAGUAAAUAAAAAUGAAAACCUGGAAACUGAAAUAAAAUAUUUUGUAAGAAAUGGAGGAGAUGAGGUAUUUCAUUACUGCAAUAAUACUUUAUAUAGCCUUACAGACUGUGAAAUACAAGGCAUAGAUGAUUUGAAAUAUCGAAUGGAUAUCCUAUUAGCAGUUGGAUUUGGAACCCUAGUUCUCUGUCUCGGGUUAACUGUUCCAUUUGCUCUAGCUGUUAUUAAUAUGGAAAAUAAAUUUUGAAAUUUAAUAAAAGAGCAUGCAUACAUCAAUUACAUAGAGUUAAAGCAGGCAUGCUUAGAUAGACUUAUGACCACCCAUGGCAAAGUAGAUACAUUGUUCAGCGAUGGGAAUCAGAUCAGUAAAAACUCCGAUUUAAAGAACUAUCGGAAAUUCAGCUGGAGAAUUUGUAUAUAUUUGAUAUUAGCUUUGGCUUUCUUUUUAGUGAAUAUCCUAUAUUUAUACAGUGAUUGCUUAACAUAUUUGCAUUUGAGACCAAAUUUACUGAGAGAUUUAAUAAAUAGUCAGGCCUUAUAUAAAUCUCUAUGAAUAUGAUCAAGUGAAAUCUCUAUAAUAGGAUUUCCAGUAUCUUUACCUAAUAAUACAGCGAAAGCAUAUCCUUUUAGCGAUCCUCGAUAUGAGCUUGAUCAUGCUUCAGCUUCUAUAGCUUUAUCAGAAAAAGCUAUUAAAGAUUCUAAAUAUUUACCUCUCUUAUCAGAUGAAUUUAAUAAAUUAUUCUAUGAAAAAUGCCAAACCUCAAAUAUUAUCACAAAUUAUGGAGUUUAUGCAACAGGAAAAGUUUUAGCUUCUGAAGCUUAUUAUCUGGGCUAUGGUAAUGAUCCCAACUUCCUAGACUUCUGAUAUAGCCUAACCAAAGAGUUAAGUGUUUUUAAUGAAGAAUAUGACGUUUUAAUUAAGCUGGCUGAUCAUGACUCACAGAAUCUCAUAGAGAGCCAGUUAAACUUUAUUAUAGCAGCAUUAAUAUGUUUUUGUGUUUUAUCAGUAAUAAUCUACUUGCGAAUAUUUUUAUCUUUUUUGAUAAAAGAAAAAAAAUAUCUUAGUAAGAUGAGAGAGAUGUCAAGGAUUAUUCCUGAUAGAUUUUUUAAAUACUAA